AUGCUGAAAAAUCGACAUGGAUCCACUUCGAGUAGUAAGUAAUGGAAUAUUUAGUCUCUAAAAUUCUCUCUAGAGCUGCCACAGACCCCGGACGAGGACGGGGUUUUCGACCUGGAGCCCAGUUUCGUCUCGCAUGGAGUGAUAGAUGGUGCAAUAACUUGUGUCCUGGCCGUGGACUCGCCCUAUAAUCGCGACGAUCAGAGUGAUGAGACCUUGUUGUUGGCUGGCACGUACAACGGGGACAUUUAUCUGUACGAUUUGAUCACCAAAAAAUAUUGUGGAGCCAUUUAUAGUAAGUGUAAUAUCAAGGUGGAAUAUCUCGAAAUUUGUUUAGAAAAUCUCGCGAAAAAGUCGGAGAAACGGAAGCAUGAGACGGCGGAGGACCGAGGAAGUUGGAUUCUGGAUGAGGAGGGGAUCGGUAAGCAAGUUUGGAAUUGGCGAGCUGCGCCCUGGCUUGAGUUUGAUUUUAGCUAAAUAUGGCUGAAAAUUGGGUUCCAGUCGACUUUAGUAACCAUAUAGGAUUUGUAAAAUACGUCUACUUAAUUUUGAAAUCUUGUUUUUCAAUUUUUUUUAAAAUGGCAAACUGCGCCCGAGCCAAAUGUUUAUUUCUCGCGCGAAAAUUUUUAGUUCUUGCGCCAUUGAGUCAAAACUGAUGUCAAGUUUAAGGAAAGCUUCUAAAAUAGCGUAAAUUAAAAUUUUCAGCCCAUAUGGUUUAUUUUGGUAUCUUGUUUUUCGAUUUUUUUGGAUGGCAGACUGCGCCCGAGCUAAAUCUUUAGUUGUUGCGCCAUUGAUUCAAAACCGAUGUCAACUUGAAGAAAUGCGUCUAAAAUACGAUUUUCAGUGCUCACCCGACAAGAAGGCGGGAUAAUCCAGAUGGGAUCCCUGUCCACGACCACAAUUUGGGUCCAAUUCCGCGGCGGCUCGCUGGCCCUGUUCGCGUGGGACUUGGCCGUCGAAAACAAGGAGCCCCGCCUGAACCUGCAAAAGCGCAUCCCCUUCAACCACGCGGGCUUCUGCAAGGCGGUCUACGUGCACGAGAAAUUCAUCCUGCCCGACACAAUGCCGGGCGCAGCCAGCGGCUUCAGCGUGCUCGACGAACGCUGCAACAAAAAGAUGUACGAGCUGAGCGAAGACUUGUUGCGCCGCGACUGUCAGAUUCGCAAGGCCGAAAUCGACAAAUUGCGACCCUUUUCGGGCGCUUUGAUGUACAUUAAACCCUACAAUAUCAACACACCCGACCAUUAUUUUGUCGGCUUCGAAGACGCGAGCCUCAUUUUGUUCGACGCCUUCGACUCCACAAUUGUGGAUUGGGUGGGUUUUUUGAGCACUGGCUGCGAUUUUGUGCAGUUUUGAGCAAUUUUUAGCCAAAAUUAUAUUAAUUUAGACAAAAAAAUUCUGUUUUGAGCCGAAUUUUGGUGAAAUUUGGAAUGAAAUUUUAUUGUAGUAGUAUGAUAAGAAGGCCUGAUGAGAUUUUAAGACUAUUUAUGAAAAUUUUUUUUAAUUAAAAUCUGAAUUUUUAAAAUUUUUCUGCAAAAAAGUACUGAAAAAUUAUGAUUUUUUUCAAAAAAAUAGCAAUUUUUUUUGAGUUCGUUUUUUACUAAAUUCCAUCGAAAAAUCGGUCAAAAUCCGAUAAUUUUUUUUAAAAAAUCAACGAAAAAAUAGCCCCUUCUCCCGCCAAAAAGCCCCUUUCGAACCGAGAGAGUUUCGAAGAGAGCGAGCAGCCGUGGUUUCAUGGUGUAGCGGUUAGCACUCAGGACUCUGAAUCCUGCGACCCGAGUUCGAAUCUCGGUGAGACCUAGUGACUUUUUUGCCUAUUUUUUGAUGGAAUUGAAGAGAAAGUGAUAGUAAAUUGUUAUUUUUGGUAUAUCAGUAGAGCAAAUAGUUGUGCUAGGUUAUGUUUUGAGGUAAAAUACGGGCUUUUAAUUGGGUUUUUUCGCAAUUUUAGUGAUUUUUUGUGGUUUUUGCCGUAAAUUGUUGAUUUUUUUACAUUUCAGUGGGAUUUUUGGCUUGAAAUUUUUUUCAAUGGAUUUUGAGGCUGUUUUUAUAUGCCACAUGAUAUUUCAGACCAAAAAAAUCAAAAAAAUCGAAAAAAUUUUUUGAUGUCAAGGGUAAUAUAAUAUGUUGUAGUAUCAAUACUACAUUCCCGACCAGACCACUGGCCUUAUUGCAGUGGCAUCUCGAAGCCUUUUGAAUUCGGAUGACAUGGAAGCCCAUCAAUUUUUGGUCGUCUUGCCAAAUAUGGUUUACCUCCUUUAUUUCGACCCCAGAGAACACAGAUUUGUAUUCAAUAUGAAGGUGAAGGAGUGGAAAGGGUGAGCGAAAUUUUUUUUUGCGAAAAAAUUACUUGGUUUUUACGAAAAAUAAAAAAAAAAUUUUUUGCACAGUGCGAAAUUUUUUUUUAAUUUUGCAAAGUGCAGAGCUAAAAUGCGAAGGCUCUUUCUUGUAAUUUUAAUCCCUCUAUGAUGACGAUUUUUAUGUCGCAAAAUCAUGACGUCACUUUUUUUGUACGCUGCGAAAGAAAUGGAAAUUUAUUUUUUGCACGGUGCACUCAAAAGGAAAUUGUUUGUUGCACAGUGCAAUGGAAGAAAAAACAAAAUCUUUUUUUAUCGUUGAAAGAGAAUUGAAUACUCUUCCUUUUGCGAUAAUUACAGUCAUUCUGUCUGUUGUACGCACUGUGCAGUAAUCGAAAAUUUAUUUUUUGCACUGUGCAGACGCCAAAAUUCGGUUUAUCGCACUGUGCGAGAGCGGAAACUUUUUUCAAUAGAUAAUAUAGCUGAUAUACGAUUUUUCGACCGGUCGAUAUUUUUCCAGGCAUGAAAUUGAGGUUUUUUGCAAGUUUUCGAAAAAAAAAUUUUUUUUUCAAAAAUUUUUUGUUUCGUAUUUUAGCGAUCUCCAUUGCAUGGCGGUGACCUUUGGGCCCGAAGCGCAUCGAAAACGCCCCGCCCGCCUCACCGAGCCCUGUCGUUUCGCCAUGGCCUUCAACUGGGGCCGGCUCGAGAUCUUUUCGCUGGCCUUUGACACCACUCAAAACGACUUCCAAAUCACCCACAUCUACACGGCGAAUGUGGGCAAAGAAGGCGUGCUGGACCUGAAUUGGAGCCUCCGAAGCCAGACCCUGGUCGCAUGUUGUGUGGAGACCAAAGAGGGCAAGGAAACCCGCAACAAAUUGGGCAAAUUGUACUACUACGAGAAGGCACCACUACCGAAAAAGAAGAAGAUCAAGUAUUGA